AUGGAAGAAGUUGGUAGAAUUUUAAUACAAAGUUUACGUGAUAUUGAAUUACCAACACGUUUACCACCAAAUAUAUCAACACGAUUUAAAGUUUGUGGUGAAUUAGCACAACUUUGUCAGUCUUAUGGUUAUAAAGAUUCGAGUUCAUAUGUUUUUGAACAAGUUGAUUUGAAAAAUUUCUCUGACUUAUUAAUGUAUGAAAAUCAAGUUUCUUGUUGGUUAGAAAAACAACGUGAAGCCAGUUAUUUGAUACCAGCUCAAUUAAUUACACAUAAACUUUCGAAAGAUAUUUGUCAACAAAUUGAAGAAGGUGAUACAACAGAUGCGAAUUAUGAAUACACAAAUUGUGGUGACAUAAAAAAAGAAAAAUGA